AUGCCGACUAGCACGAGUGCGAACACGACGCCGGCGCGGGAGUUCCAAUAUAAGCAGCAGGUCCAGCCGUCGACGGCAGCAGAACGUACGCUAUCCACUUCCUCAGCCUCUUCUUCUACAUCCACCUCAUCCUCAUCGACGUCACCACCACCACCACCACCGUCAACGUCAACGUCACCACCGACGCCAAUAACCAACGACAUGCUGCACCACCUCGCCCUGCGCAUGCCCUUCGCGCUGCACCACCCCUCCUCCUCCACAUCCUCGUCGUCCUCCUCCUCGUCCAUAUCCUCCAACGCCUCCUCGUACGCGGGCUCGUACUACUGCUCGACGUCCGCGUCCUCCUCGGGCUCCUCGUCGAACAGGUCGUCUUACGUGCCCCCCUCGCCGACCAUAACGGCCUUCCACACCGCCCCCUCCUCGUCGCACCCCGCCUUCGCGUCGCCGCCACUGCACGGCCCGUCCCCCGCCUCCCGCGCGCCCUCCCCGCCCGCGCCCGCGUCGCUGACGUCCCCCCUCGCGCGCGCCCACCGCGCCCCGCCGCCCGCCGAUGCCCCGCCCCUCCAGAUCCACUCCACCCCCGCCAAGCACACGCUGUGCGUGCAGUUCCCCCAGCGCAUGGGCGCGGAGAUGAAGCCCGAGAUGGUCACCGUGUGCGCGAAGCGAGGCGACAGGCUCGGCAUCGUCGCGGAUGCGUGGCACCUCGAGCGCAAUUGCCACUACGAGUGGGAAGUCGCAUUCCCGCCGCACGACGCCGACAUGGCGCACGUCCACGCAAAGUUCCUCCCCGGUGGCUGCCUCACCAUCGACGUCUGGCGGCGCUGA